GUUUUAUUUAAAGCCGCUUUUCAUUGGAGUUUGCGCUUUCGUGUUACGACAACCUGUCGUCAGAUGUUGGCUUUGCGUCAAUGGGAAGAAGCUAUUUUAAUUUUGAAUUUUGGAUGACCUUAAUGUACUCUAUUAAGUGUACGAUAUAUGCAUUUCGUUUUAACAAGUGAAUAAGAAAAUAAAGAAUUUAUAAAAAAACGAAAAAUAAUGUCAAAGAUGAAUGAACCACUAAAAUAUUAUGGAAAAAGAAGAAGCAUUGUUCGUAGAAUUGGUUCAAUGUUACCUUUGAAACCACCACCAAAAAUAUAUGUUAGUGUUACACCCUUGCAUUCAAUGACAAGUUCUAUGAUUAAUGAAGAAACUAGUGGUGAUUAUAUUGAUACAAAUGGAUAUGGAUCUGCAAGAUUGUCUAAUGUUAGACCAGAUUUAUUGGAGCCUAUUAGUUUUGGAUCUGAAAUUCGUUUACUUGCUUUAGAACAAGAGCUUCAAGAACUUAGGGAACAAGUUUCAGCAAUAGUUAAAAGUAAUAAACAAUCUAGAUAUACAUCUGUUGCUUCUUUAACAAAUGGGAUGGAUAGUGAAAACAUAAUACAGUCACAACAACAACAACCUCCUCCACCACCACCACCACCACCACCAUUACCACCACCGACUCCUCAUAUUGCAAGAAGAGCAAGUUUACAAGAUCACAAAGUCGAAGAUCGCAAAAGAGGUCCAUUUGCUUCUCAAAUUUCUAUGACAGAUGUAUUAAAAGAUAUUGAUAGCAUUAAAUUAAAACCAAUUGCUAGAUCACCUGGAGGACGACCUCUUCGUAUAAAACGAGACAACAGUCCAUGUAAUGAUUUGCAAGAAAUACUUAGAAGACGUUACAUUGCAAUGAAUUCAACUGAUAGUAGAAACUCUUCAGCUAAUUUGACAUUGAAUGAUUCUUUCUCAAGUGAUGUAUGAAAGUAGAUUGAAUGUUUAUCAAUGUGUGGAAUGAAGGUAUCAUGGAACAUUAUGAAUGAUAUUAAUGAUAAGAUAAUAAGUUUAAUUAAUCAGUUUGGUUGCAAUAUUUAUGCAUUAUAGGUUAUAUAAAUAACAAAAUGAAUCUGUCGAAUAUUUCUGAACUUAUAAUUAUUAGUAUUUUGUAUCAGAAAUUAAUUUUUAAAAAUUAAUAUCUUUUUUUUAAAAAUUAUUAUGUAUACAUACGUAUAUACUUAUAUACGUAUACAUAUGUAACCAAAGAUAAUAUAUUCUAUAUUGACAUUGAUAAAAAUAUUGGAUUGUAAACUGAUAAAAAAAAAAUUGAUAUUUUUAAAUUUUCAUAAAAUAUAACUAUUUUUUCUUUCAAUAAACAUAUAAUACAUGUAGCAUAUUAUUGAAAUUGUGAAAAAAAAUUAUGAAAAUGUAUGUAUGUUAUAUUUUAUACAUUAAAAAUUUAUAUUUUUUUACAAAUUUAAAUAAUUAUAUAAAACCAAACAUCAGUAAAUUGUGUUUGAACUUAGCAUAAAAUCUAGAAUUUGUUGUUUUAUGAUUUUGUUUUAGAAUUUGUUCUUUUUAUGAAGAGCAAUAACCAUUUGCCAUUCUAAACCUUUAAAUUUAUAUAAUUGCGAAUAUUAUUUUAGAAUUUUUUUAUUUUAUAAAAUAUAAAAUAUAAGAUAUAGUUGUAUCAAAAAUAGUUAUAUCAAAAAUUUAUUUAAUUUGCUUUAAUAAUAAUUUUAUAAUUUUUUGAAAAAAAUAAAAAAUAAUGCAUAUUUAAAUUAUUCUAUAAUAUUAAUAUUUUAUAAUAAUAAUAAGCAAAAUAAUUAUUGCUUAAAUAAUAAUAAUUUUAAUAGAGAAAAUUAUUUAGUAAUGAAAAAUUAUUCAAUGUAUAUUCUGUAAAUAGAAAUAUUUAAAUAUUUUUUCACAAUUUUUUUAAAAUUAUUUAUUAUAGAUUUAAUUUCAUAAUUUCAUAUAAGUUGUGGAAAUAUAUAUAAUAAAUAUAUAAUAAAAAAUAUAAUAGUUAUUUUAAUUUUGUAAAAGAAUUAAUAAUAAAUUAUAAAAUUUUCUGCUAUAUAUAUACAGUUUACAAUUCAAUAUUUUUUAGAUUUAUUUUUUAAGAAAGAACCUCAUUUUUGCUUUAUUAUAAUAAAAAAGAAAUGGAUUUUAAUUUAAGAUAUAAUUAAGUUUAGUUUAAGAUAUAGUUUAAUGUGCAACAGUUAUGUUAUUUAAUAUUAAGUUCAUUUAAAUUUUAACUAAUUUCUUAGAUAAGAUUAUUGUGAUAUUAAAAAAUCAUUUAAUAAUUUCAUAUUUUAUAUUGUGCCAUAGAAAGCUAUACAAAUAUUCUUAAUAUAUAAAAUCAUUAGUACAGGCUAGUUAAUAUAAUAAUUAAUAAUAGUGAUUACUUUAUUAAAAUAUGCUUUCAUAAUUGUAAAAGAACGAAUAUUCAAUAGUAUGUGCACGCAUAAUGAAGACGCAUAAUGAAGAUUAUGAACAUUGUUCUUUAAUAUUAAGAUCUUGAUGCAUAUUUUAUGAUAAAUUUUAAGUUUAUUCAACUUUCAGUUGCUUUUAUAAAGAAUUUAACAACUAUAAUUAUGUAAAAAUUAUAAUAAUUUUUGAUUGAUUCAAGUUAUCAUUCAAAAUUUUUAUAAAUAUUCUUUAUAAAAAUAACAUAAAAUUCAUAUUUUUGAAUAUUUUCUCAUAUGAAUGCAUGUAAGGAAUCUCAAUUGGAAAGGAUAUUGUAGCAGAGACUGAAUGUACUUUAGAAAUAUUGUAUGGAAGAUCUGUUUUAUACAUGAAGCUUUUACCAAUGAUUAAAAAAUAAAUGUUAUUGUUAAACAAUAAACAA